AAUUGUGUCCUUGUUCCCCGCUUGUUUUAACUAUUAUAUAUAAGAUCAUACUAGUAUCUAAAGUUAUUUAUUUUCCCUCCUUUAAGAUCCAUGAUGACCGAGCUCAAAAUGACUGUCGCACUAUUCUUUGCAUUGCUUUGCGGAUUGAAUUUUUGUUGCGGACUGAAGGAGAUUGUGGAAUCCUAUAAAGUGGAAUUUGAACAACGUGAAGUAGAUGUUGAAUCUGAUGGACCUGUUUCUGGUAAUUCAGUUGACUCGAAUGGACUGGUCUCUGAUAAAUGCAUGAGAUGUAUUUGCAUGGUAGAGUCUCAUUGCAACAACAAUAUAGGAUGCCGUAUGGAUGUUGGUUCUUUGUCCUGUGGACCUUUCCAGAUUAAAAAGGCAUAUUGGAUCGACUGUGGACAACCCAAAGGAGACUACAAGACAUGUGCCAACGACUAUGCAUGUGCCUAUAACUGCAUUCAGACUUAUAUGGCGAGGUACAUUGGUCACAGUGGAUGUCCUAAAAAUUGUGAAAGCUAUGCUCGAAUUCACAAUGGAGGUCCAAGAGGAUGUACAAACCCUAACACCAUUGGAUACUGGAAUAAAAUAAAACAACAGGGUUGCACGAUAUAUAGUUAAAGCCUCUGGACAUAUAUAUUACAUGUGCAUGUUUUAACAUAUUAACUCAAAAUAAAGUCACAUUUAAAAGAA